CUUUACAACAAUGAAAUUUUGGAGGAAAAGAAUACAUAUGCUUUUGGUCAUGUUUUUGGAUAGAAGCGAGCACUUAAGAAACACUGAACUUAAUUAUCCACAAAAUUAUUUAAGAAACACUGAACUAAUUAUCCACAAAAUCAUUCGUGACAAAAAAAAGCUGAUGACGUGUCAUGACCAACCGGUAAACUUGGGAUCCAAGGCCACCUUGGUGAUUUUAACGGUCUAGAUUAAUCUAUCUUCAAUUCAUGUAACGCAGGUGUGGACACGGACAAACCUUUUGAGAUUCUUAGUUCUUUAUUUCCCAAACUACUCCUUAUUGUUUAAUAUUAUUACAUUAAUUCCUCGUUAUUUCCGAGCAAUGGUUUGGUAAAGUUCGAAAGGAGGAUGUUACGAACUCCGACGUCGUUUUAGGUACGCGCGUCAAAACUCAAACUCCACCGUUGGGACACGUGUCAUCGAUAGGGCUUAGUCUAAGCCGUGUGUAAUCCACAAACUAAACACCGAUAAUAAUCCACAUAAGAUCUAUGAUUCGCCACAAAACCUCCACGUGUCCACUUUAUUCACCGGUUACCCAGUCACCCACAAUUCGUCUUCUUAAUUUUAAAGAGUAUAUAUAUAUAUAUAUAUAUAUACACACAGAGAAAGCCAACGCGUCACAGAAUUUUCGUCCGCGAGAGGAAAAACAAAUACACAAACUUCGAAAUUGUCAAAUUUACUUUGAAAACAAGUGAACCGAUUUGGGAGAAAAAUCAAACAAAAAGACGGUGAUUUCGAGUGAAAGUUUCAAAGAAUCGAUCGGGUUUUAACUUAUAAUUGUUGUGAAAGUGGGAUUGAAUUUGAUAGCGAAGAAAGAGAGAGAUGGUAGCAGAAGCAGAGGGUUUAUUUCAACAGGGUAUAUCGACUUCUCCGGUGGGUCUGAAGCCGGAGGAUGAUUCUAGUGUCUCGGUUUAUGUUCCGACCAUCCGGUCUGGAAGCUACGCUGAUAUCGGGCCAAAGAAAUUCAUGGAAGACGAACAUAUUUGCGUAGAUGAUCUAUCCUCCCAAGUUGGGUGUCUUUUUGAGUUACCAAAGCCAAGUGCUUUCUAUGCGGUUUUUGAUGGUCAUGGAGGAUCAGAAGCAGCAACGUAUGUACGGCAAAAUGCCAUCAGGCUUUUCUUUGAAGACGAUACAUUUCCACAGACAUCGGAAGUGAAUGGUGUUUACGUGGAAGAAGUUAAGAGUUCGUUGAGAAAUGCGUUUCUCCAAGCUGAUCUAGCUUUGGCAGAGGACUGUAGCAUCAGCUCUUCCUCUGGUACCACGGCCCUUGCUGCUCUUAUUUCCGGAAGACUCUUGAUGGUUGCAAAUGCUGGAGACUGCAGAGCGGUUCUUUGCAGAAAAGGCAGAGCGAUAGAGAUGUCUCAAGACCAUACACCGGUGAAUCUACCGGAGAGAAGAAGAGUAGAAGAAUCUGGAGGUGUCAUUGAGGACGGUUACCUAAACGGAGAGUUAUCUGUAACCCGGGCUCUCGGCGACUGGGACAUGAAACGCCCACACGGCUCUAAGUCUCCACUGAUCUCCGAACCUGAGAUCAAGCAGAUAACUUUAACGGAGGACGACGAGUUUCUUGUAAUCGGGUGCGACGGGAUUUGGGAUGUCUUGACAAGCCAAGAAGCGGUUGGCGUUGUGAAGCGCGGCUUAAACCGACACGGCGAUCCCACGAGAUGUGCAAGAGAGCUUGUGAUGGAGGCUCUGAGGCUGAACACGUUUGAUAACUUAACAGCUGUUGUGGUAUGUUUUGUGACAGUGGACCGAGAUGAGGAGUCGGUGGUUCCGCUGGAGAAGAAAAGGUGUUGUAGCCUUACGCCGGAGGCUUUUCGUAGCUUGAGGAAUCUUCUGGAUGGCUGAAACUAUUGUGUUCUUGGUGGAUACUGAUAAUGACGAAAUAUCUCUCUCUCUCACGCUGCUUUUUGUAUUUGAGUUUGACGUUUUAAGCAGCUGAGAGAAUACACAUGUUGUUGUGUGCUUGUUGUCUGUGUGAUUACAGAAAAUGUUGAUUGUUUUGUGUACAGUGAAAGAAAUAAAAACUAUACAAUUAUUGAUCCCAUCUCUCUUAUUUCUUUCCUACAGAGUGUCGACAUUAU